ACAGGAAGAAGUACGUCCAUGAACACAGCAGUGGAAAUUUCUGUCAGUAACGCGAAGAAAGCACCCUGCGAGCCGCUUUUUGAAUAGAAUCUAUCUUUCAAGACAGUUUGAGCUAUUGUCACUACGCUUUUAUGAACCAUGGGGAGGAGUAGGAGCCGAACCCCGCCGAGACGAGAGAGGAGACGGUCCCGCUCCAGCUCUCGGGACAGAGACAGAAGGCGGCGGGACAGAGAGAGGACCCGCUCCAGAGACAGAGACAGAGACCGCAGGAGGAGCCGCUCCCGGUCCCCACACCGGAGGAGAUCCAGGACCCCUCCUCGACGCCAUCGCUCGUCCUCCCUCUCUCCUGUAAGACAGAAAGACAGGCGCGAUGAUGACCGCAAAGAGAAGGAAAAACAAUCCAAGCCAAUUCAGAUCUCAGCCGAGGACAUGGAGGGUAAAACUGAAGAGGAAAUCGAGAUGAUGAAAUUAAUGGGCUUUGGCUCAUUUGAUUCCACCAAAGGCAAGAAGAAGAUCGAUUCAUCAGUAAAUGCUUAUGCUGUGAACGUCACCAUGAAGAGAAAAUACAGGCAGUACAUGAACAGGAAAGGAGGAUUCAACAGACCACUGGAUUUUAUUGCAUGAGAACUCAUCAAUGACUUGUGUUGUCAGACAAACAUACCUUUGACUCCCUCACGUUUGGGGACGAUGUACUAUUUUAUGUUGUAUUUUAUGUAUCAUGUUUGUUGCAUUAGGUUCUUUUGACUUUUGGUGUAAAUACAAUGCUUCCAUACUCCCUCGUUCAGUUAUGGUUUGUUUAGUGUUACAGAACUGUUCACAAAUACUUUCAAUAAAGGUGUUUUAUUAUAUU